AGUAGGUAAAGCUGGUAGUAGGUCAAAAAGAUUAUUCAGCUGGACCUUGCCAUACGAAAAAAAAUUGCAUAUAAAUAUUCUUUUAGUAUCAUAUUUCAUUUUGUCUGUGGGUUGUUUAGUUUAUAAGACAACUGUUAUGGCUAGUCCUCUAUCACCUUUCUUCAAAUCGCCCCUUACAGAUCUAACUGGCGUAACGAUAAGUCAUCAAUGGUUUGGACGAUGCCAGAAACAAGAAGAGCAAGCUCUUGAUUGCAUGGAAGCUUACGGAUUAGAAAGGGGUCGAAGAGAAUGUAGAGUAUUGUUGGAUGAUUACAAGGAGUGUGGUAUGAGGGCCAAGCAAAUGGCUAGGUUCCGAGCAAUGAUUGCUGAAAGGGACCGUCAAGUCAAAUCAGGAGAGAAGAAAAUUGAAGAAUUACUCGUUCCACCACCAAAUGUUGAAAGUUUCUAGUUUUUUUCAAUCUAUGUAGUAUAUAAUUUUUACGAGUCAGAAGCCAUAGUAAUAAAGCGUAUAUUAACAAACUUUGACUAUCAGCUGUACCAGGAUUGACCCUCCUUAAUUUAGGCUCAUGUUGAAUGGAAUUCCAUAAUAAAUAUGAUUUAAUGCUCAA